AGGAGUUUCUAAAACUCUUUUGUAAUCACUUCCACGCCAACCAAACCAAAACAAGAGAAAUACAGGUUGAUGCUGCUAAAACAGACAAAAGGCUGAAGAAUAGCAGCAAACGUGGAUGUUGUUUUUUAAACUGGAGUUUGAAAAUUGAAUUAGAUGUUAUUUUUACAUUUUCAUAUGGAUUACGUUGAUGGAUUUCCAACAAAGAGCUCUUUUAUGCUGGAGGACUUAAAGCCUUAAAUUUACGGCACCUGAGUGGAACUGCAGGAGCAAAACCUGAACAAUGUAAAGAAAACUCAGGAAACAUUCACUUGUGUAGAAACGACUCUGUUCACAAUGUCAGCACUGAUUUAUCUACCACAAAAUCCGUCUCUUUAAGGAGAGGAGCACUGAAAGAUUGACAACAGACUUAAGAUGUCUGACCUCAGCCAAGUUGCCGUGUACUCCGACUCUUCAGAUAUCUACAAGAAUGUGUUCUGCAACCCGACCUUUGAGCUGGAGGGGGAACGGGAGGAGAGAGUGGAGGGAUUCAGGACAUCCUCGUCAACCCCUGAACCAAUCAAACCGCCAGCAGCCGGUCUAGGCCGGGGUCUGUUUGGGGUGUGUGUGAUGCGUUUGCGGGGCCCUGGUUGUGGUUGGGGGGUGGUGGUGGUCUCCGCCGCUGCCCUGCUCCUGUUAACAGCCGUCGGACUCGCUCUGGCUCUCAUCCUCACACAGAUAAAAGGUCAGGCAGUGGAGGAUCAGAUGGUGUCCACCAGCUCUCCAGACCGGCUGAAUGCAGGAGACGGAUCGUCCCAAACUUUACCCACAAUUUCUGCCAACAGAAUUCAACCAGAAAGUACAACUACACCACAUCCCGCAAGGAUCCCAACAUCCGAACCACGUUGUGGAGGAGUGUUGACAGACUCAGAGGGCAGUUUCAGUUCCCCAAACCACCCCGGCUUCUAUCCUCCCAACUUGCUCUGUGUGUGGGUGAUCCGGGUCGCACCCCCCCACGAGGUCCAGAUCCACGUUUCCUCUCUGGCUGUUGAGGGGCCGUCUCCCUGUCUGUUUGACUGGCUGGAGGUGCAGGAGCAGAUAGAACAGAGCUCCGUGGUCACCAGGUUCUGCGGUAACGUUGCACCACCGACAGUCAACACAAACAGCAGCUCGGUGUGGGUCACCUUCCGAUCCGAUGGCAGCAUCGCAGGCAGCGGCUUCACUGCUCAAUACAGAGCCAUGCUGCCUGGACACAAGAGCUGCUCCAGAGAGGAGUUCAUGUGUGACGGCGGUCGCUGUCUGCUGCCCGUGUCUGUGUGUGACGGUCACCCAAACUGCCAAGACCAAACAGACGAGGCGAACUGCAGCCAUAAACACAAAGACUGUGGUGGGCAGAAGACGGAGCCGUAUGGUUACAUAUCCAGUCCAAACCACCCGAGGCCUUACCCUCACCAGCAGAUGUGCAUAUGGUACAUAUCUGUCGAGGAGGGUCACGUCAUCACGCUGAGCUUCAAGAACUUCAGCCUGGAGACUCAGGACGUUUGUGAGUUUGACUACGUGGAGGUGCACGACAGCGUCAACACUGGAGCAGGAAAGGUGCUGGGAAGGUUUUGCGGUACCACCUUCCCUCCAGACCUGACCUCCUCCAGCCCCCACAUGACCGUGGUGUUUGUGGCUGACGAGGGAGUGGCCGACAGCGGCUUCAACGCAACAUACCAGGCUGUGUCUGUCCUGGGCAGGACGUGUGGUCCCAGUCAGUUUGCCUGCAGCACAGGGGAGUGUCUCCAGCAGCAGUGGCUGUGUGAUGGAUGGAACGACUGCCCCGACGGAGCAGAUGAGCAGGGCUGUGGCAACUCCACCUACCCUCCCUUCACUUCAUCCUGUGAGUUCAUAGAGGUAGAGAUGUGUCAAGGCCUCAGCUAUAACCUUACCUCAUUCCCAAACAUCUGGCUGUCCAUUGCUGACCAGAGAGAAGCUGCCACGCUCCUCCGUCAGUACCGGGUGCUGAUGGAGUUGGCGUGCUUCGAGCCCUUGCGGAGGCUGGUUUGUGGGAUGUUCCUGCCCCAGUGCAGCCCUCAGGGUGGCGUCCUCCAGCCCUGCCGCUCCGUCUGCUCCUCCGCCGAGCAGCAAUGCAGCCAAGCCCUGGACCUCUUCUCCUUCAGCUGGCCCUUCAAUUGCCACCUCCUGCCGGACUCACAGGACCCCGUGGAGUGCUCGCUGCCUUGACGUUCACGUUUUUUAGCUAGCUAAAGAUCAAGAUAACAUUUUCUCUUCAGAUUGGCAGCAGUUUGAGGACCGAAAGGCCGACAUUUUACAGAACUGACGAUACAUUUUCUGGACUCAUCAUUCAAGAGUUGUGUUACAGAAAGAAGCUUUGAAUUGUAGCAUGACCACAAACCUCAUUAAAAACAGUUCCCUGUAGAGCUUGUGGUGCAUGCAGACCGAUAUUUUAAGAGAAAAGAUUUAACAAACAAAAAUAAAAUAAUUCAUGUUUUUUUGUGUGAUUCAGAAACCAACUGAGCAAAAAAAUGAAAGUUCUGAAACCAAUUUUCUUUUUGCACAAUUUAUUGCCUCAUACAGAUCCCUCCUUUUAAGAAAGAAUGGACAAUACAGGGAGAAUACCUUAAAAACAACUUUUAUUGCAUUGUUCACCAACACAUUACAUGAUGUGCUUCUAUCCUUUCAGUGUUUUUAAACAGUCAAGAUUUGAUCCAGUGUGAGAUAAAAACAGACAUGCGCUGAAUCGCACUGGAAAACAAUGAGCUCUGCACUUCGCUGAGCACACAAGAUGAACACUUAAUAAACAAAAGUCUCAUGGGGAAACUCAAAAAAGUUAUGUAAGUGACUUAUUGCUUUAGCUUGUUAUAUCCAUUUAUGUGGUAACUGCUUGUACAGAAGAUUUCAAGCUGAAACAAAACAGGAUUUGUGAGCAUUUAAAAAUUAAAGUAGUACAUAAAAUAGAGAAAUACUGAAGUAUUGAGGUCAGAAUCAAUCAGGUAAAAUAAAUAUCUCGUCUACCAAUGAAUGAUAUAGACUUCCAACAACUGCUCUUUAUGAGUGACAUCAUCACAGCUGGCCACCACCUUUAUACACAUGACCCAUUCGAUAGAGGUUCUUAUACAACCGAGGCGCGGAAAGCUCACAAGUGGGAUUAAAAAAAAAAUUAAAAAUCUUCUCCCGACUGGAAAGAAAUUUACCUUCAUAAAAGAAAAUAUUUAGCAUUCAAACUGAUUCCUUGCAUGAUUUUGCUACACAAAACUUGACUGCACAUUUGCCUUGAUCUAAUCUUUGAGUCACAUGAUGGGUGUAAGUGUACGGAAAAAAAACAACUAAAAACGGCAGGUUGAGGUGCUGCUAAGAAGGGACAA